AUGCCAGCGAAUCACCGAGACUCACCCUGCCAAUCCAACUCGUGGAUUACUGCUCAUUCUGGCAACGUCUUCUACCGGGCCAGCAACAGGAGUAAGAGAAAGUCAUCUUCUACCACUGCACAGUUCCCAAGGCCGCUCAUCGAGCCCCGACGCACGCGACCUCAUUCAAUUCACAUCGUCACCUACCCCCCCGGCUACGUUCCGCCAGAGCUGCGUCCUAGGCCCGGCCAGUCGUCACGCUCACGGAGCUUCAAGGUUCGGGCGGUCAAGGCCAAACGCCGAAUCAGCAACGCUAGAGAUUCGUCAUCGCCACAGUCACAGCUCCCGCGUCAGCCAUCUGAUCAGCCACCUCAGCAGCCAUCUCAGCAGCCAUCUGAUCGGCCGCCUCAACGGCCCUCCGAACAGCCCGUUGGACGAUCCUUUGGAGAGCCGUCCGAUCGUUCUCUUAAUGAUACCCGUCCUUCUUUGGGGAAAAUUUGGGCAUCUUUUUCAAACCACAAUUCCCACAAAUCAUCCGACCGUCGCCACUCCAUCCCCACGCUGCUUGAAGCCCCCGUCAUCGAUCGCUCUCCCGCGACAGGGGUACCGUCCAUGACUUCACCAGGCCACCGGGCAAGCCAAGCCUCCGACACCGCCACACCCACCACCGACACCCAACCCCAAACACCCCAAACCCCAUCCCACACACAGUCCCAAUCCGCCAUCCAACGUUCCUUGUCCCUAAUAAGUCGCCGCCGUCCCUCACACACGCCGCCGACCACCGACGACAACCCGUCGACAAACUCGACAUCGGCCUCGGCAACGGCUACAGCAUCGGCCACAGCGUCGGCCACCAACCUUGGCGACCGCCCCGCAUCCAGCGACACGCGAGCACCACCCGCGGCAUCCGCGGCUCCAGCGGCCCCAGCCACAGCCACAGCUACAGCACCGACGACGGGCUCGACACCGACGUCUGCUGCACCCCAACCACAACUUCGCCCGAGGCCCAACGGUAUCAGUCUGGCCGCAAAGCGCAACAGCCUGAUGUCGAUCCGCACCGGCAAGCCGUCGCUCUCGACCCACGUCUCAGAGACCCCCAAGUCUCUGGCCUCUGGGGGUGGCAUCUCCUGCUCCAUCAUCCUCGCAGAGCCAAACGUCUUCCUCUCCGGCUUCGACCACGACGGCCACGCCCGACGAGAGACGCGCGCCGGCACCGCCCUCCUGCGCGGUAAACUGCAGCUCAACGUCACGAAAAACGUCAAGCUCAAGGCCGUCCAGCUCGAGCUCGUCGGCCGUGCCCGCACAGAGUGGCCCGAAGGCAUCCCGCCCCUGAAGCAGGACGUCUACGAGGAGCAGAGCCUCGCAAACCAGGUCCUGACCUUUUUCAACGCCAUGAAUGACCGUUGGGAGACGGAAUACGGCAACCAAUGCACAUACAAGCUCAAGGACCCCCCGGAACCCUCCAGGUCUGCCGCCACCUACCUCGUCCUCGACCCUCUGCCCCCCUCCGCACGCAUGUCCCUCACGUCCAGGGACCUGAAGCGUCUCUCGCUGCAGAGCGCCCAGUCUCGGAGUUUCGGCAAGGACGCCGAUGCGAACACGACCUCGACGCAGGCCAAGGGCUUCAAGAUCUUCCACCCCGGCCGCUACGACUACUCGUUCGAACUACCCAUCGACCAUCACCAGCUCGAGACGACCAAGCUCCAGUACGGAUCCGUCAGGUGGGAGCUCCGUGCCACCGUCGACCGCGCCGGCGCCUUCAAGCCAAACCUGCACGGCUCCCUCGAGGUGCCCAUCGUCCGCAUCCCCGACCAGAUGUCUCUGGAGAUGUCGGAACCCAUCUCCAUCAGCCGGCAGUGGGAGGACCAGCUGCACUACGACAUCGUCAUCUCGGGCAAGAGCUUUCCCAUUGGUGGGAAGAUACCGAUCGCCUUCAAGCUGACGCCCCUCGCCAAGGUUCAGGUGCACAAGCUCAAGGUCUUUGCCACCGAGACCGUCGAGUACUGGACCAAGGACAGGCGGGUCACCCGCAAAGACCCCGGUCGCAAGGUCCUGCUGCUCGAGAAGAGCGCCGGAAAGCCGCUGGACAGCGCCUGGGCUUCAUCGGACCUGCGGACCGUCCGUGGCGGUGAGCUGUCGAGCGGCGAGCGGCACGAGGCGAGGGAGCUGGCGGCCAGGAGGCGUGCCCACGAGGCUGCCAGGGGGCAGCAGGCGCCCCAGCCGCUGCCGCCGCCAUCGGACAACAUCCUGGGAGACCUGGAUCUCGGUCUGGAGAGCUACUGGGGAUCGACUGAGAUUGAGGCCAACGUUCAGAUUCCCACGUGCGAGAUGAUGGCCAAGAGCAAGGAGCUCAGGCUACACCCCGACUGCAGCUGGAAGAAUAUCAAUGUCUACCACUGGCUCAAGAUGAAGAUUGUGAUGCGCAUCAGCCGCCAGGAUCCCGGAGACCCGACGGGGACCAAGCGUCGUCACUUUGAGAUCAGCAUCGACUCGCCCUUUACCGUCCUCAACUGCAGGGCUACCCAGGCCAACACGGUACUGCCGGCCUACACCGGUAACCAAACCCAGGGCCAGAUGUACCAGAGCUCGUGCGGAUGCCCGGAUGCGACGAGCGUUCCCGCCGGGGCGUCGCCGAGCUCCUCCACCGGGACGCUGUCGGGUGCGGAAGGGCGGGGUGUGGAGGCCCUCCCGUCGCUUCCGCAGGCGGCCCAUCUGCCCGGCGCCACGGCAAACCCGGCCAAUCGGGCACGCAACAACGCCGCCACAAAUGAGCCUCGACCGAUCCAUCUUUUACGAACGCCCUCGUUCAACCCGCCAGCCUUUGACGACGACAUCGCCCCGCCCCGGCACCAGGAGGAUGCCACGCAGGCACCUCUGAUGACUCCUCCGCCUCAGUACGACGCCAUCAUCGGUACGCCCAGCGUAGACGGCAUGGCAGACUAUUUUUCCAGGCUUGCCGAACACGGCUACGGGAACAUUGAAGACGACUCUAGCUCGGACUCGGAUGAGACGCCCCCGCGCAUCCUCGAGAGAUCGGGACGCGUCAACGUGGUGCACCCCCGCACCCCCGGCGGACGCAUGCAGAGCCGAAGCAUGGAGAUAAAUCGCCCAAUGAUCGAUCUCCAUCUGGACAGGCCGCCGACAAACCAGACUCCCGCGGCGAGAUAG